UUUUUUUUUUUUUGGAGGUGGGGGGGACUCUUCAGUUUUAAAAAAAUCUGCCCGGUGACCCCCUCACCCCACCCCUUAUUGUUUAGGGGGAAUAGGUUGCCAGCCCUCUUUUGUUUACCCCCCUCUCCCGCUUUCCCUCUCGCUGCGCAGCUUCUGCUUUUCACAGCAUUUUGCAUGAAAGUGGCGAUCUGUGAGGAUUACCCAGUUUGAGGGUUAAAGAGGAUACUGUAGCUUGGGUGCUAAUUUUGACUCAAGGCAGAACUGAAGACAUGGGCUCCGUUUCUAACCAGGAAUUUCCAGGGGUGUGUAAGACCGAAGAGGAUGAGGGACCGAGCACCGAGGAGGAUUCACAGUCUUUCCACGGGGUCGGCGUGUGUAAAUGGUUCAACGUCCGCAUGGGUUUCGGGUUCCUGUCCAUGACCAACCGAGAGGGAGUGCCACUGGACGAACCGGUCGAUGUGUUUGUCCAUCAGAGCAAGUUGCACAUGGAAGGCUUUCGCAGCCUGAAGGAGGGCGAGGCGGUCGAGUUUACGUUCAAGAAGUCAUCAAAGGGCCUGGAGUCUCAGCGAGUCACAGGACCAGGCGGCAUCCACUGUGUGGGCAGCGAACGACGACCCAAAGGCAAGAAGGUCCAGAAGCGACGUUCAAAGGGAGACAGGUGCUACAACUGCGGAGGCCUGGACCACCAUGCCAAAGAAUGCAACUUGCCACCCCAGCCCAAGAAGUGUCAUUUCUGCCAGAGCAUUGACCACAUGGUUGCCAACUGCCCAAUCAAAGCACAACAGUCCUCACCAAGUUCUCAGGGAAAACCGGCCUCCUUGAAAGGAGACGAGGAGGAGCACAGCCACUCGGCACCACCUCCUGAGACCUCCGAUUAAAAGAGUAAUCGUGCAACACUGAUGCUGGGGAAGCACAGAGGCCAAUCAAAGUGCUUUGAUGGAGGGAUGGGACACACUAUCCCCUUCACCUGUUGAAGCUGCUUUUGGAACUACCUCAGGUUUAAAAAAUUGCUCAUGAAGAAUGUUGCUGAAGUUUUUUUAUGUUUGUUUUCAUUUGGUGUAACACUCAGGAAUACUGCUGUAUUAUUGCACUCAGGACGCUUUCUAAAUGUAUGAAUCACUGCUGGUUUUUGAGGGAUUUGAGAUUGUAGUGAGUACUGCCACAUAACGGAUUAUCUUGAUAAGUUUUUCUAGAACCUGCGUUUUUUAUAAAUGGGAUUCUGUGCCUCUCCUGUGGGCAAUAUUCCUCUUGCUUUUGCAUAAUAGUCAGUGUUUUUAGUGUGGAACUACACUUUUGCUGCCUUACCAUUUAGUCUUCUUCCUGACUGUUACACCUCACUAUCCGACAAGGCAGAGAUUUGACAGUUAGAACCUCUGUAAUGAAUGUUAGCUUGCAUAUGGCAUGGGGAUCGGGAGGGUUCGUGAAAAUGUGUGGGAUGGGCUUAAGGGUAUAGCUAUAGGCAAUUUAUUGGCAUCUGCCAGUAUUGCAAAUGACCAUCCAGUUUUCCUGGGGCCAAAUGAAUGUCGGACCAUAAGUGGUUUCCAGCUUUUGGUCAGAGUUAUUUUUUUUGCCAUGUCAUUGUUUUCAACCAGUGUUUUGCUGGCUGUCUAAAGGUGCACGGUCUACCUCAUUGGUGUAUGUUUGGUCUGCUACUAAAAUUGUCAUCUUAACUGCUGAUGGUAAACCAAAUAUUUUCAGAAUACAGCUUGGGAGAUGGUGAUUUGAAUUGGGAUUAAAUCAAAUCCUUUGCACUCUAGUAUUCAUGCAGGAUUGCCAUUAGUUGUAAUAUACCUCCUUAAAGAGUAACUUAACGCUUCCUGAAAAGUUUGUUUUUGCUGACAUCCAGUGGUUGAGCUUUUCAUCUUCCUGAAGUGAUGUACAUGUGUACUUCAGGAUCCCCUGAAAUCUUUCCUCAGCUAACCCCCUCACCUGGCACACCUGACCAGUUGCUGCAUGAAGUAAGAAUGAAUGUCAGAUUGUUGGUUUGGAACAAUUAUGGAAAUAGUUAGACACAGUCCCUCCAAUUCCGAAUUUGGAAAGGUGCGAAGGGAGGGAUGUUUCCUUUGUUUUUCGACAAUCCAACAGGCACUUCUGAUGGAGUAUACUGGCCAUUUAAAUCUCUGGGAACUAAAUCUGGUCAGGUGUGGCCUGUUGUACUUCGGUCUGUGAUGUAGCAUGGUACUAUAGCCUGAUGCUACAUCACAGCUGCACAGACUGUGGAAAAGAAACACUAUUUGGUAGGGACAGUGAGAUCGUUAGACUGGCCACAGUUAUUCUUUGAAGUCUCAACCAGAGUGUAAAAUGCCGCUUUUCAGUCUGGUGUUAUAUCACUCUCUUACCUUUAUGGGAGCCGGAAGCAUUAUUGUGGUCAACUCCAUAAAAUGAGUAUAUUCUCAUUUUAUUGGCUGCUGUGUGAACUGCUGCUUUAUUAUUACCUCAACAUGGAUUUGAUAGAAUUCCAACCAAUAUGAUACUAAACUGGUUACAUGUACAACAUAACUUCUAAUAAGAUACUUGACCUGGACUUAGGUACUGAGGGGUCCAGCUAGCUCUCCUCUUGAUACUUGAAUAAAAUGAGGCAGAAUCAGACAUGAUAUUGCCAGUGGGAAGGCUGGUGUUUUUGUUUAUAUCCAGUGUGAUCCAUUUCUAGGUAGUUAUUUAAGACAUUACCUCCCUAUGACCCUUUAGUAGGGUAAUAGUUCAGGAACACCAAGCCUGCACGGAGGAGCUUGUAGAACUAGCUAGCUAAUCAGCAUUUUACUCCCAUUUUACAGGAGAAGCUGACGAGACUUUUACACCCAAUUAAUAUAUAUGUAAAAUUAUUCUAAAGCCUUUUUAAAAGAAAAUCAUACUACUUAUUUAUUUUCAUCCAAGAGUGCUGCAGCUUCUCCUGCUCCUGUUGAAGCCUCUCAGCAAUGAAUGUUUGAUUAGACAUCAGAAAACUGCCAAAUGUCAUUCAAAGAUACCCAUGACUUAAGAAUAUAUUUGGGUAACACAUAUUUAACAUCUAGGUACUCGUACAUAUGUGCUUGAUAAAUCACUGUUCUUAAUGAUCCAGUGCAGUUUAUAAGUAACAGUAAUAUUGCAAUACAAGAGUAACAAUAUACAGUACAAACUAUACAGAUACAUAGUAUUAUGAGGACUGAGUCAAACUGUGAGUUUCUUUUAUUUUCUUUGGUUUGUAUGAUUUUUUUUUUCUAUUUUUGUGUACAAUGAGUCUUUCAGUCGAGAGGUACAUUGUUAUUCCUAUCUAUGCCAAAACCAAUGCAAUGUUACUCUGCACUAAUCAUGUGUAAGAUGCAUUAAUUUCUUUUUUAUAUUCAGUUUAAUCGCUUUUGAAUAUAUGUUCCAUAUUUUAUAUUAUAUUUUUUAUAGUUUCAUAUACCGCAUAGAGUCAGUUACUGGUUGGACAAACAAAAUACCUCCACUCUUAGUCUCAUCUCAGGAAAUGCCAAUCUGAACACUCAGGGAAUACUUCAGAUUGUUUGGAAAGAGUCAAAGAGUGGUUAUUUAAGACAAAAGUGGGAUUAAUUGCUCAUCUGCGUGACAUUUAACAGAGGACAAGGGUGCCAAAGUAAAAUGGGCUUGGUAGUGUCUGCAUUAGAAUGUCCUGGAACUAUUCUUAAUUUAAAAAAAAAAAAGAUUUUGUGAAAAAAGCAAUGAUUACAAAUGCUAAACUGUUAUGAUUGAGAUUUACAAGCCUUUUGACUCAACUUUCCAUGCACCUAAUGUGAUGAUGUUCUUUAUAUUUUCUCCUCUUUCACAUAACAUGCCAUGAUUAUAAUAUGAUAUGAAGAAAAUGUUCCACUAUUAUUGUAAUUUUUUUCCUCUAUAAUCGUUGUAGAUGGGGAUGUAGUAGAAUAUUGUAAAAGGGAUUGGGGCUGAUAGUAUAUAAUCCGGGGUUGUCUCAUCUCAACACAUGGCCGAUACUUGGUGUUUCAGACUAUCAAUGCUUAUGACAAAAAGAAUGUGUCAUGGAUGAAUUAACACUCAAAUCUUGUUUCAUACUCUACUUUAAGGUGGUGUUUUCAUAUGUUUUCCAAGUUUAAAGGUUGCAUUAAAGGUUGUUUCGAUAAUUCCACUCAGGAUAUGAAAAGGACAGAAAGAUUGUUUUGUUACUGUAAGUGCUCUGAUUAGGUGGAAGGAUUUACUUUUGUUCAUCCAUUUCUGAAUACUUUUUUUUUUUAAAUACCUGAAUCCACUGAAUACCUCACCUGUCAAACUCUAACUGGUGAUUCUGACACCCACUAUUUAGAUAAAGGUUGAAUGAAAGUGUUGUAUUGUAAUGUUUGCAAUAUUCUGCUGUCCUUAGUGAUAUUUGCAAAUAAUAAUUUGGAAAUUUAAAUCCAUGACUUUCUGAUUGCAACAAACCUGUUUGACCCCCUCAGUGGUGUGUUAUUGUGAUUUGAUUGUCAGGUGUUAGAUGGGUUAGAUACCUUGAAAAUCGAAGGACCUGUAAGACUAUGUGCUCAGGGUAACAUUUGAAGCACAUCAAAGCAUUCUGCAUCACAGUAUGCUCUAUGUGUGCUUUUCAUGGUACAUCUUGUUUGUGACCAUCAGCCAUUUAAUUUGUGAUGUUUGUAUCUUAUCAGGUAAAUGGCUAGAGCUACUUCCAAAAAUGUGCAUUUAUUACUGAUGAAUGUAUCAAUGUUUACUGCCAUAAACCUACAAUUAUCUUGAUCUCAGGCAAUUUAAUGGCUAGUUUGUCAAUGAUGAGCAGCAUGUAGGCUUUUCAAAGCAUUACUGUGAUUAUGUUUCUAUAUGUAAAGAUCUGCUCCAUUUCCUAAUAAAUAUGUCAAUAUUCA